AUGACGCGCCACCAGACGCUUUUGUCCUUCCCCAUCGCGUGAGUUGUUAUUGUUUCUGUUCAAAAAGAUAAAGCAGAGAAGAAACAAGGAGAAGGAAAAUAUAUUUUCUAAAUAAAUCUCGGUAGCAAGUGGCUGGUAGUGUUUUGAAAAUAUUAAACUGAUGUUUCCCCUUCAGACCAGAGGGCAAUGGCAUUGACAAGCCGCCCUACAGCUACGUGGCCCUGAUUACGAUGGCGAUCGAAGCAUCACCAGAGCAGCGGAUGACACUCAACCAGAUAUACAAAGUUAGUUCGGAGAGGGGAAAAGCGUGUAGGCACAGAAAGACUGUUAGAGAAAGGGAAAGUAGAGACCUUUUUGUAACAAGACUAUCGCAGACUCUUCAGAAUUCGACAUCAAUUGGUGAGUACGCACUGUUGUAGUUGUCGCCUCUUUCAGUUCUUCUUACCGUAAUCCCACAGUAACCCAGCGUAGUAUUUACUCUGCUCCUUUUCCGUUUUGACUCAUCAACCUUAAUAGUGCUGACCAAUUUGGAAAGGUUCCGUGUGGUACCUCUCCCAUAACAUUUGCACACCCCGUUACUCAUUUCGGACCUUUUCCUGCCCGAAAUGUCACGGCGUAGCGUCUCGUCCGUUCCUCAUCAAACAAAGAAACGCACGUUUCAGUUCAUCGAAGCCAAGUUCCCGUAUUACCGUGACGCGGACGUCAAGCGCAAACAAGGAUGGCAGAACAGCAUUCGUCACAAUCUGUCGCUCAACGACUGCUUUGUGAAGAAGUCGCGCGACGGACAAAGCAGUGCCAACGACCGAAAGGGCAACUACUGGCAGAUGGUUCCGGGCAAUGCGCCUCAGUUCGACAACGGCAACUACAAGAGAAGGUUCCGUCGCAUGAAAGGGGUCAGAAAAGGGAAAAAGGUUUCAGGAGAGUGAAAAGAUUGGGAGUGGGGAAGAUGGGUCACACGAUGAACGCGAUGAACGCGUCGAGCACUUCGGAGGCCUCCAUAUUCAAUCCGCAGAUUCCCUUCUUGCAAGGCUUUCGGCUCUCUCAGACUAUGGAUCCGUUUCAGAUCCUCAAGGUAAGGAGUACGGUAGCCAACUCCGUUGCAGUAUUCCCAUUACAGUACACCUACACCACAAGCACCGCCGACAUCCCGAACACUUCGCAACUGAGCAGCGCGACCACUUCCACGAGUUCCUUCGACACUUCCAUCUACACCAGCGCCUUCCCCACUCCCACCUUCUCAUUUCGACGCUUCUCUCGUGGCUCCCGUUCCUCCAGUUUUGUCCCAAGUGCACUCGCCUUGCGAUUCAAUAAAGGAAGAGUUGGUCGAUAUGAAGCCAGUCAUUCCGAGUCUCUCGAGCAGCUUUUUGACGAAUCUCGGACAAAUGUCUGCUGCUGA